ACCAUUGUACAUCAUGUUUGUCGGGAUGUAUGUUUUUAUCAUAACCUACCAAAAUUAUUUUGUUGUAUAGCGAAAAGUCGAACUUUCAGUUACAGUGUUUUUGCAUAUUUUUAUAUAAAAUAAAGUAUAAUAAAACAUUACUUAGUUUGUGUGUCAUAUUUAUUUAAUACAGUAAUUUAAAUAGUAAGACACUGUGUAUCACAAUAAUUAUUUCAGUGAUAUAUUUGACAGUAGACAUAAAAAAUAUUACAAAGAUGUCUGGAAGCAAGUGUCGAAACUGUGGAUCCACAGAGAUCGAAACAGAUCCUGCUCGAGGAGAUGCAGUUUGUACAGAAUGUGGUUUUGUUUUGGAAGAUCAACUUAUUGUUAGCGAAACAGCAUUUAAAGAGACACCAUCAGGAAAUAUGAUGGUACUUGGUCAGUUUGUUGCUAAUGAUAGUACCGGAGGAGCUACAGAAUUUGGUGCAACAUAUCACAUCAAUGGAAAAGAAUCAAGAGGGAUAACAUUACAAAAUGCAAGAAAAGGAAUAACUCAUUUAUGCAUGCAGUUACAUUUGAAUCAACAUUGUAUUGAUACAUCCAUGAAUUUUUAUAAAAUGGCCUUAAAUCGACAUUUGACUCGUGGACGAAAACAAGCACAUAAUCAUGCAGCUUGUGUUUAUAUUACUUGUCGUACAGAAGGCACUGCACAUAUGCUUAUUGACAUCAGUGAUGUUCUUCAAAUUUGUGUUCAUGAAUUGGGACGCACGUAUUUACGGUUUACACAAGCUCUUUGCAUCAACAUACCUUCAGUGGAUCCAUGCUUAUACAUUAUGAGGUUUGCGAACAAACUGGAAUUCGGUGAGAAAACUCACGAAGUGUCGAUGACAGCCCUACGAGUAGUUCAAAGGAUGAAAAGAGACAGUAUUCAUAGCGGACGCAGGCCAUCGGGAUUAUGUGGAGCUGCCUUGUUGAUGGCUGCUCGAUUACAUGAAUUCAACAGAUCGCCCGCCGAUAUUAUAAAAAUUGUAAAAGUACAUGAAUCAACGUUACGUAAAAGGCUUAUAGAGUUUGGAGAUACACCCUCGAGCGCGUUGACUCUCGAAGAAUUUAUGACGGUAGAUUUGGAAGAGGAACAGGAUCCUCCGGCGUUUAAAGCUGCGCGAAAAAAGGACAGAGAACGAUUGCAGAAGUUGGAAAAUAUAGAUACAGAAAUAAAUGAGCUACAGGCAGAGAUUGAUAAACAGCUGGAUGAGCAAACUAUAGGAAAAACAAGGAAACGAAAAGAUGCUGCUUACUUAGAAAGGGAGGAUACUGAAAGAUUCGUAAGGGAGAGUAAUUUAGAUGUAAUAAAAAGUUACGUUGAAAACGACGUGGAUGAUCCUGAUAGUGACCUUCAAGAUUCAAAUGACACUAGCAAUCGGUUGAUCACUGGACUGGGUCCAAAUAUUGCUUCCAUGGGAUUGAUAUCGGCGAAUGAUCGAGAAAAUGAAACGAACGGACAGAUGAAUGCAACUUUCGAAAAUAACUCGGGAGAGAUUGAUAUCGCUGACCUCGACGAUGAAGAAUUAGAUAGUUAUAUCAUGUCGGAAAAGGAGGCACAGUUUAAGCACAACUUAUGGAAUAAGGUAAAUGCUGAAUAUUUGAACCAGCAAAAGGAAAAAGAAGAGAAACGACAAAAAGAGAAAGAAGAGGGUAAACCUGAGAAAAAGAGACGACGUACUACUAAAAGAAAUAAAACUCAAACGCCAGCAAAUACUGCAGGAGAAGCUAUAGAGAAAAUGUUACAAGAGAAAAAGAUUUCAUCUAAGAUCAAUUAUGAAGUAUUAAAAAGUUUAAAUGUUAAUAUAACUGCUUCAAAUAAGGAGCAACAGAAAGUAGAAGAGCUUCCAAUUCAACCCGUCAAAGCGCAUGUAGAUAAUGCUGCAGGUUCCAGCAAAAUAUCUAAUGUUUCUAAUACAUCAAAAUCACAAGACAAGCCGCCGACAGUAAAGAAAUCCCAUUCGGUUAAGGUUAAACCGAACGUAAAAGAGACGAAAGAAGAGAAUGUUGAGAAACCUAUUGAAGUAGAAACUGACGCAGUUGAACCAAGAGUAAACGCCUGUGAUAUGGAUGAAACCGAUGAUUAUAUUGACGAAGAGGUCGAUGCCGAUCCUACGGAAAUGACUGUUGGACAAAUGCUUGGAAGGAACGCAUCAGAAGACGAGAAUGACUUUGGAUAUGGCUAUGAUGAAGAAGAUUAUUAAAUAUUUAUAAUUUUUUAUACAAUUAUUUAUGUUAAUUAUAUUAUUGCUUAAUAAAAAAGACUGCAUAAUGUGUAUAAAAAUAAAGCAUUUAGUGCAACUUCAUUAAAGUGUUUUUUUUGUGUCAAAUCAUGAAUUCUAGUAAAUUCGAUUCUAGUCUGAACCGAUAAAUUUAAAUACGAAAUACUAAAGAAAAUAAUAAUUGUUUCGGUACUAUUCAUUCACCUUGUGUACUUGAUCAUAACGUUAAAGAAAAAAAAUAUUCUGUUAUGGAAUAUCAUGUAUAUUCUGCAGUAGUAUCUUUAUUUUUUUCUACGAAUACAGAUUCAUUGUGUAUAUAUAUAUUUUUAUUAUUUUAACGAUACAUUCAUAAAUACGUGAAUAUAACAUUUACAUGCGUUUUUGUUCAAAUAUACAUAAAUAGUACUAUUCGAUGCUCGACAAGGUGAAUAAAGACAAAUCGUCGCAUUAAAUUGCGUUCAGCGUUAGUAGGAAAGAAAAAUAUGUUGUUAAAACAGUACAAUAGGACUAGGAGAAUCGAUCCUUCAAUUUUCAUUUGCUUACUCGUUUUUUAUCGUUGCUCAAAUUUCUUCGAAGCAAGCAAUUUUACAAAUUUUCACCAACUGCACUGCAUCAUAAUUAAUGAAUAUUCCAAAAUGUUUCAUGAGAUCGAAAGUAUUCAAUCUCUGGCAAAAAGUUUCUAUUUAUUUAAAAAUAAAAAAUCGUUAUGAUCGAUAGUAUAUAGAUGAAAGAAAGCUUUAAUAAUAUUAUCUCGAUCGAGCAGCAAUUUUUCUACAUACACCUUUCUCGCAAAACAUUCAGAUAUUUAGACACUUCUUUAUCAUCGUUCUAAACGUUCAUUUAAUACUAACUGGAAUGACCAUUGAUCGGGCAAUAUAAUACAUAGAAUACCACUUGUUAAAAGUAAUGUCUUUACGAGUAAUCUCUCUCGUUGGUAUUAAUACAACGACGUCUUUAUAAUUACAUGAUUGCUAAUUGCUUAAAAGCUAACAACGUUUCACCGAAAAGAAAGUAGUACACGUACCACUGUUACGCUCGAAGUUUUAUGUACAAAUUCUACCGCUUCAAAUUAAAAACAUUAUGCUAUUUACGUUAAACAGCUUUUCGUCUCAGAGCUGAAUGUCUGGAAAAAUAAAACGAAUUCGUUUCUCUUUCAACGUUAUGACACUCCUGCUCCUUCUCUUCCUGUUCUUUUCAGUUUCUACGUUCAUUUCUUGUAGGGACUUCAGACGAUCAAUCUACAUUGCCAAUACUGUUAAUAUUUAUCGACAAACUCCAUUUAUCUUACACAUUAAAUGCUAACACUUAUAGCACUCAGAUUAUUCAAAAGGAAAAAAGUAUUUUUAUUUUUAUCAAAUUAUCUCAACAGAUACUUAAAUAUUGAUAACGCGUCAAUAUUUUUCCUCGCGUGUUUAAUAAUAUUGACAUACAAAUAUCGAUCGCCUGAGAUCUCCUUAACAAAUUCAUCGUGAAAGAUGAAUCAAAGUAUGCAAAUAAAUCUUCUUUUCUCGAUACGAGUCAUGAUAUCUACAUUAAAAUAUAAAAACAAUAAACAUCUUGCAUGAACCUCUUGCCUAAAGUUUCUUGUAGACAAAAAUUGAUACAUUCAUCUAAUUUUAAUGAUUAUUAAAAUUAUUUUAAUAAUUGUUUAUUUGAUUUGAAAGUAACAUUAAAAUUUUACGUAAUGGAGCCUCGGUAUUUCACCGCGAACAGGGCUAUAUCUGGUAAUCGAGACUUCGCUACAGUAAAUAGUGUGAGGCAAGAGAUUAAACCAUGAACGUAGAAAACAAUGAAGCAUUACAAUCUGAACGAUGUGAAUGAUAAAUGAAAAAUAUACAGAUGUCGGUGUUACAAUAUAGAAAUUUCCUGAAAAAAGAAUACUAUGUCUAAGUUAAAUAUACUAUAUCAUACAAAUAUCAUUUUUUAUUAUACAGAAUCCCUUUUUAACAAUGAAUGGAUUCUGUAUAGGAAAGAAGAAGUAACGAUACGUUCAACGUUAAUGCUGUAAUAUCAUGUACACGUGCGUGUUUGUAUUAAAUAUAUAUAUAUGUAUAUAUAGUGUAUAGCAAUAAUUUAUAAUUGCAUUACAAUACCAUUAAUACAUGGUGAUGCUGUAAAAAUUAUCAGCUUUGUGUUAAAAGAAUUUGUUCGUGUAUUUGUGCUUAUGUAUUCCAGCAGGAAGGUAUGAAGUUACGAAUAAAAGCAUUAAAUGUGAAAUGUUAACACGUUGACUAAGGUAAAAACAUCCUUAUGUGAAACAAUGAUGUACAAUUACUUUUAGGUGCCUUUAAUUUGUUUCCUUUAUCCUUGUUCAAUAAAUUUAUGGUGUCACCAGUGACUCCACAUUAGUUUCUCUAAAUAUCUGGAAAAAUGAUAAAGUUAUGCAAAAAUUAAUUAGGAUAAUUUUAGAUCUAAAUCUUACACAUCACACGAAUACAUUUCAUUAAUUAAAAAGUACAUUCAACUUAAAAUAUCUUUAAAGAUGAAAGACACGUUAACAGCAAAGAGAGCAGCAUAGUCAACGUGUUAAUCGUUUCACGUAUCAAUAACGAUUUAUAGUGCAAUAUAGUUGCCUCACACUCGCGUUUCAAUUACAUCUUACUGUACAAUAUCGUUGUCUUCUUUUAUAACACGAUUCACGCGUAUGAAAAUGAUACGUGCUAGUCGCGAGCACUUUCUGUAAAAAUAUAUAUAUCCAUGAUUGGAUCAACGUUCGCUUAAAACUUAUCGUAAAUGUCUUCGCUAAAUGGAAAACGUAUGGACGGCAGAAGUGGCGUGCUGAUCGUAUAUAUAUUCGCGCAUAAAUCAUAUAAAUUCAAACGAUGAAAAAAAACAAAUCUCAUAAACGUAAAUCAUAAUUCGGAUUCGUACAGAUCAGUGAUGGACAACGUGCAGCGGCAAUACUUAAAGGCACUAAUAGACAACUUCUCAAUCUGAAAAUUUAGAAAUUUAAAAAUUUGAAAUUUUAUUUACAUAUUAUCAAAUUUCUAAAUUUUCAGUCCCGUAGAUCUCUAUGCACGUCUGUACCCGUGAGGAGCUUUAAUCUGUCUAUCACUGACAUAGCAGCCCUGUUAUAUUUUGGAGCAACGAUAAUAAUGAUAGCAACAAUAAUAACGAUGAUAACAA